AAUUUGUCAUAAAGGUGAAUUGAUUGACGUAUUUGGAAGUCGUUGAAAUACUAAAUACUUGAAAUUCGAAAAUACCCAUACCCAAACAAGUUAUUUGAAUUUCGAAAUAUUAACCUGAUGGACCAUCAACUGAACGAGAAUUCUGAAAUAACACAAAAUUCACUUAUAAUGAAGCUAGAUAUAUCUGACAUUGUUCUGACACCACUAACAUGUGCUUCUCUGAUAAAUGAGAUGUUGAAAGGACUUCAGUAUCAAAAAUCUCAAAUUCCCUAUCCCUAUAGUUGGAUGAAGAUGAUGGUUGAUAAGAAACGUAAGCAUUCCGAUAAUGGAGGACCAUAUCAUGGAGUAAACCUUUCAGCAGCAAAUUAUUUCCAUGUUGUGUCUUCAGCAUAUGAUACUCUAGAAAGCGUCAUGCUUGCUAUCACAAGGGAGUUUCGAGAAUGUGUGAAUAAUAUCAAGGAAGUUACUUUUCUCUUCGGAGCCACACCACAGUGCCCAAAAGAAAUUUUCACAAUUUAUAUUUCAUGUCUUACAAAAUCUCAUGUUGAAAGAAACCAUGCUGCUGAUCUGGGCAGAUAUCAAAUGAGGAUACUAAGAAGGUUAUUUCUUUCCAAAGAAUGGUUAGCUCAUGUCAGUAGUUCUUACAGUUGUACCAAUACAUAUGUUUACCUUAAGAAAGAUAUCAUAGGAUCUGAAGACUGCUGUAAAUCACAGACUGAUUUUGUACCUGCUAAACCACUGACAUUUUCAUCUAAAAUGAAACAUGUUCAGAUUUACUUUGAGCCUGACAAUGAAGCUGUCCCCAGUAAUUGCUGUGAAAAUUUAACAAUUUUUGAAGAUGAAAACCACUCCAUAAAUCACCAACAAAAGACAUGUAUUAAUAUAGGAGAAUGUGAAAAAAAUAUUGUGUGGUAUCAAUAUCGGGACUUGAUUAAAGGUUUUAAAGAUUGUUUCAUCAAUAAAGAAUCUGCUAGUAAACUAUGGUGAUGUUACAUUUUAGAUAGGUGCACUGAGAGCUUUUAUUGAGAGUGGAAAAUGGUUUACCCAUUUGAUACCUUUAAAUUUUCAUGAAAUCCCCAAGUGGUGGAACUUUUAUUUUAUAUUUCAAGGAUCUAUCAUUUUUAUCUGAUUUUCAUUCUAUUUUUACCUUGAUUUUUAUUGAUUUUAUUUGGUUUUUAUUUGAUUUUGACUGGGAUUU